UCCCCAGACUCGAGGCACUUAGAGGGUCUGUCUAAGCAGCUGGACUGGGACGUGAGGAAGGUCCAGCGAUGGUUUCGCCACCGGCGGAACCAGGACAAACCCAGCACAAGAACCAAGUUUUGCGAGAGCAUGUGGAGGUUUACAUUCUAUCUGUAUAUAUUUACAUAUGGGAUCCGUUUCCUGUGGCAGUAUCCCUGGAUGUGGGAUACGAGACACUGCUGGUACAAUUACCCUUAUCAGGUGCUGACCUCAGGCCUGUAUUAUUAUUAUAUAACAGAACUGGCCUUCUACUGGUCGCUCAUGUUCUCACAGUUCACAGACGUCAAAAGAAAGGAUUUCCUCAUCAUGUUCGUUCAUCAUCUGGCGACGAUCAGCCUGAUCAGUUUCUCGUAUGUAAAUAACAUGUUGCGUGUGGGGAGUCUGGUCAUGUGCGUUCACGACACAUCGGACUUCCUGAUGGAGGCCGCAAAGUUAGCAAACUAUGCCAAAUACCAGCGUUUAUGUGACUUCUUGUUUGUGGUGUUCAGUAUGAUCUUCUUCGGGAUGAGAUUGAUCAUUUUCCCCUUCUGGAUUCUGAACACGACGCUCUUCGAGAGCUGGGCGAUCAUCGGGCCGUACCCGUCCUGGUGGCUCUUCAACUUUCUGCUGCUGGUGCUGCAGGUGCUGCACAUCCUCUGGUCCUACCUCAUCUCCCGCAUCGCCUUCAAAGCCAUCAUGAGAGGAAAGAGCUGGUUUGUCUUUCCCCUCUCUAGCUGCUGGAAGGCUCUUUAA